GCAUCUUCCACCCGGCGACAUUGCGGGCCCAGGUGCGCAAUGGCACCGUGGGAAAGGCCCUGCUGUACGCCGUCUGCGCCCUCGGGGUCAAGUUCUCCUCGUACCCGGACCGACGCGAGUUGGAAGCGCGGUUUACCGUGGAGGCUAAGCAGAUGCUCCAAGCCGACAUUGAGAAUGUCUGUCUCGAGAACAUGCAGACCUGCCUCCUGAUCGCUACCCUGAGCGCGGGGAACUGUGAAACCUCUUCGGAGGCACUCUUCGUUCGAAUCGCUACCUCGAUGGCCGAGAUCAUGUCCCUCGAUUCCGCCGCCGCGAUGGACGGAUCCGUCAUCAUCCGCGAAACCAUCCGGAGAGUCUGGUGCUCGCUCUACGUGGCGGACCGCUGGUGUUUCUCGGGGCUCGGACUCCACCGUCACAUGGACGAGCUCGGCACCCCCUGCGGGCUACCAAUGGACGAGAUCGCCUUCCAAUCGCUACCACCGGACACGAGCAACUACCCAGAAGCGCCGCCGACGACAGCGCACGCCACACCGUCCACCACAUGGAAGCCGGGCCUCUGGGCGCACAUGGUCACGCUGGCACGGCAUUUCGGCCCGAUCCAGGACCUCAACCGCCGGGUCGCGCGCGGAGACACCGACACCGCCGAGCUGGACCAGAAGGUCCAAGACCUCGGGGACCAGCUCGAAGCCUGGAGCCGGAAGCUCCCCGCGGACACGCAGAUGACGGUGCCCAACCUACACAGUCACCAGCAGACCGGCCGCGGGGGAACCUUCAUUGCGUUGCACCUAGCGUACCACCACUACUCCACGCUCUUGUACUUCCGUUUCCUCGAAGACGACCAAACCCAGACCCAGAACCAGAACGAAAACCCAUCGUCAUCCUCCUCCCCGUCAUCAUCACCAUCAUCACCCCCAAAAUCCCGCACCUACAUCCACCGCUGCAAACACCACGCCUCCACCUUCAGCAACCUCCUCCACCUCGCCCGCCAAAUCAAAGGCUGCGAAACCAACUUCCCAACCAUCGGCCACAUGACCACCGUCUCCUCCUCCGUCCUCCUGCACACACUACUUCUAGGCGACUCGACAGAACUCGAGGGGGCGCGCGCCGCGCUGAACGCGAAUUUCGAGGUGUUGAUCGAGCACCAGCAGUUCUGGCCCACCACCAAAGCCAUGAUCCACAGACUGAUGACCUUCCAAAACAUAUGCCUCCUCUCCACGGAAUCGCACCGCUUCGAUGGAUGGAUGGUCAAGUUCCUCCUCGAGCACUCCCGCGCGCUCGGCAAGCGCGAGAUCCCCUGUGUGCCGGCCACGGCGCUGCUGGAUGCGGAGUCGGAGAGUAUGGUCUCCAAGACGAGGAGGUGGAUGGAGCAGGGCCGGUAUAUGGAUUUGAGUCUUCCGCUGUAGUGGAGCGUAGCUCGUCGGGAGGCACGGAUUGCAGUGGGGUAGGAGAAUGCCUAACUGUACAAAGGGGAAAUCGAGGCGCAGGUGGGUUUGUGACAGUGACAAACGGGACCAUAGCCAUAGCCAUAGCCAGAGGGUUGCGUCGGCAUACAGGUAAGUCCGCCGGGCUGUCUUUCCCUCGGCCUCGUGGAUGGUAAGUGAUUGGUUGGUCCUUAGUCUUGCUCUGCCUGGACUAGAGCUCCGACUUCAGUACUCCUUCUAUCUGGAGGGCUUUUCAUCACCGACCCCAUGAGUUUGUGCCUUUCAAGGCAUGGGGACGGAGAAGUUAUAGCCUACCGCCUCUUACACCCCACCGGGAUCCUUUUCUCCAGUUAUUCCGGAGAAUAGUCUACGCUCCUACGUCUUCAGUGCCACACACUGAAGAGUAUAUCCUUAGAUCCUACGGCUAGGUCUACUCAUGGUAUCCAAC